AUGCGCGACGACAGCUCGAGACAGUCCACGAGAAAUCUAUUCUUCCUCUACUCAUACGUACUGACGAUUUAUGGCGCUUGGCCGUUGUCGGACGAUACUCUCUUCUUGAAAUGUAGAGUGACAUUCGCUGCUUGUCAGAUGAUAUACUUGACAGCAAUUUGUAUAAUAAAAUUAAUCAUACAAUGUGGAAGCUCGGAAGAUAUCAUUGACGCAUUUCUAUUGCUCGUCGUGUGCAUCCUCGUAUGUUCUAAAAGCAUUCUAUUGUAUGUACAUCGGGAUAAAUUAGCGUCGGUGGUUCUUUCGUCCGUGGAAGACUGGAAUACUACGGAAAGUGAGCACUACAGAAAAAUGAUGUCAGAGCGCGCUAAUUUCUGUAAUAUAGUGACAAAAUUGUUUUACUCCAUGGGUAUGUUUGUCCUCUUUAUUUAUAUUCUCAAAGUUAUGGUGUUGGAUGUGAUAUAUGUGAUGGAUGAGGAUUCCGUGAAUGGUACGCUUAUAUUACAAAAAAAUUAUUUACUCCCCGGCGGAUGCGUAUUCGAUGGCUUUGGAAAUGUCGUGUUCUACUUCGUUGUGAUUAAUCAGGCGGUUCAGCUGAGCAUCUCUUGCAGCAUAAAUCUUGGUGGAGAUGCCUUGUACGUGGCUCUCACUCUGCACCUGUGCGAGCAGUGUGAGAUAAUGAAAUUGAGGUUUGAAAAAUUUGGACGGUCUGAUUCGUUGGAGAAGAACCGUAAACAUCUGAAUGCUCUCAUUGCGAGGCAUCAGGAUUUGAUGACAAGAGCCGAGACGCUGGAAGAUGUCUACAAUCAAAUCAUUCUGAUGCAGAUGCUCAUGAGCGUUUUACUGAUAAGUGUUGGAGGAUUUAGCUUCUUGAUUAGCCUCAAUGGUGGGGACGUUAUUGGUGCAGCGAAGAACAUCUGCGUGAUGCAAUUUAUGCUGGCACAGAGCUACAUCUACACAUUUCCAGCGGACGAUUUGAAGGAACAAGCUGAGGGAUUGCUGCGUGCAUUGUACUCGAGUCAGUGGUGUGAUAUGCCGGCGAACAUCAUGAAAGACAUUGUCUUCAUGAUGAUGAGAAUCAAUGUGCCUCCGUACUACACAGCGGGAAAGUUUUUCUAUAUGACGAGGCAAUCUUACAUGACUGUCGUGAAAACAGCAGCGUCUUAUCUGUCUGUCCUGCGGAUAAUGAUCAAAUGA